AAAAAACAUAAUCAAGUGGGGUAUGUUAGAUUCUUCUCAAUGAGAGGAUUUCAAAUAUUAAAUUUUUAUAAUUUUUAUUUACAUCAAAUAAAAGAUAUUAACGUUCAAAGAAUCGUCUUGAUAAUGGGAAAAAGCAAAUGUUGCAACUGAAAAAAUAAAGAGGUGGUAGGUAACAAGUUUUCAAUUUUUUUUUUUUUUUUUUUUUACAUUUUAAAAUUGGGAGUAUGUUUUGGUUUAUUUUUGUUUUGUUUUGUUUAUUCACCAUUCACUAUUAAACACCGCGUUUCACUUGAAUUCAGCCAAACAAAUUUACUUCCUCGUCUUUUACGAGUCGAAACUUGAGAAAACGCCAUUGACGAUCAAAAUUCGAAGCUCCAAUUCCAGGGUUCUUGCUUGCAGAAAUUGGGUUCAGAUUGCUUUUGUGAUUUCGUAUUUGGUGCUCUAAGAAUUCUUUUAGUAAUUGACUGCUGCAACAUUACAUAAAUUGAAGAAAAUAUAGUGUCGUGUCCUGAGAAAGUUAAGAAGGAAUUAUGGGAAUACAGAAGAUUGAGACAGGUCACCAAGACACUGUCCAUGAUUUCCAAAUGGAUUACUAUGGCAAACGUAUAGCCACGGCAUCAUCUGACCAUACAAUCAAGAUUAUCGGGGUGAGCAACAACUCUCACCAGCAACUUGCUACUCUGAGUGCUCACCAAGGCCCAGUUUGGCAGGUUGCAUGGGCUCAUCCGAAGUUUGGGUCGAUCCUAGCUUCAUGUUCUUACGAUGGGAAGGUUAUUAUCUGGAAGGAAGGUAAUCAGAAUGAGUGGUCACAGGCCAAUGUCUUUGAUGAUCAUAAAUCCUCGGUUAAUUCAAUCUCUUGGGCACCUCAUGAGCUUGGACUUUGUCUUGCAAGCGGAUCCUCUGAUGGGAAUAUCAUGGUGUAUACUAUGAGGUCUGAUGGUGGCUGGGAUUCAAUAAAGAUAGAUCAAGCCCACCCAGUUGGAGUGACCUCUGUUUCUUGGGCACCCGCCACUGCUCCUGGUGCUCUUGUAGCUGCUGGCUUACAUGAUCCUGUUCAGAAACUUUGCUCAGGAGGUUGUGACAAUACAGUGAAGAUUUGGAAACUCAAUGGCGGGAUUUGGAAGAUGGAUUGUUUUCCAGCUCUCCAGAUGCACACUGACUGGGUCAGAGAUGUUGCCUGGGCACCAAAUUUGGGGCUCCCCAAAUCCACCAUUGCAAGUGCUUCACAAGAUGGGAAGGUGAUCAUGUGGACAGUUGCAAGAGAGGGUGAUCAGUGGGAAGGCAAGGUCUUGAAUGAUUUCAAGACCCCAGUUUGGAGGGUCUCAUGGUCCCUAACAGGUAACAUCUUGGCUGUUGCAGACGGCAACAACAAUGUGACAUUGUGGAAUGAGGCGGUUGAUGGGGUUUGGCAAAUGGUUUCUACAGUUGAUUCUUGAGAUAGAACAACUUCUUGUGGAACUUUUAACUUGGUAUGGCCUGAGUAUGUUUUGUCUCUUGUUACUUCGUGCGAUAUUUUUGUUUAAUCUGUUCAGCGUCUGUCUCUGUUUUUCCUUAUCCUCUUCAGAUUACAUGAUAUGUUGGGAUAUUGUUCACAUCUAAGUAUUCCCUUAUUUACAGAAAUGGGAUCUGAUAGAAAUUCAUCAA